UAGCGCGCUAGAGCCCCGCCGCGCCGCGCCGGUAAGCAUCCGCCCGGACCCCCACGCCUUGCGCCCCUAGAGGCACCGGGACGCAGGACAAGACGCACGGAGUCGCGUCGCGUGUUUGCGGACAGGGUCGCGAGGACAGCGGAGACAGUGAGGCGACGCGGAGUCGCUCAUCGAGAGUGUCAUCAGCGCGAAUGACGGCAGCAUGGCCGAGCGAUUUAAAGUGACCAAGUCCGGAGACGGCGGCAAAGUGCGGACCUACGGCCCGGCCAAGUCGACGAGGGAGUCCCUCGCGCAGGCCCAGGACGCCGACGACUCGGACCCGGAGAGCGGCCUGCUGCGGCCGCGCAGGAACUCGCAGGACGGCAACAUAGGUGUUAGUGAGGUUGAGCCAGCCGAGGCCGCCGAUGAGGGCGCCAAAGGAGAUGGCACCGACGACCACCCCUUCGUCUCCGACAAGGAGAAGAUGUCGGGCUACGAGACCAACCUGUACCUGUACCAGGAGGAGAUGGAGGACCGGCCGCGGGUGUCGACGCUCAUCAACUCCCUGGCCAACUACUCCAACACGAUACAGCCCACCCCCGCCGACCCCGACGCCAAGCCGUCCCAGGCCGGCGCCUCCAUGGGCACCCUCAUGGGCGUGUACCUGCCCUGCAUCCAGAACAUCUUCGGCGUCAUCCUGUUCAUCCGGCUGACGUGGGUCGUGGGCACGGCGGGCGCCAUCGCCGGCUUCAUGAUCGUCCUCACCUGCUGCUGCGUGACCAUGCUGACCGCCAUCUCCAUGUCCGCCAUCGCCACCAACGGCGUGGUGCCGGCCGGCGGCUCCUACUUCAUGAUCUCGCGCUCGCUGGGGCCCGAGUUCGGCGGCGCCGUCGGCAUGCUGUUCUACAUAGGGACCACCCUGGCCGCCGCCAUGUACAUCGUGGGCGCCGUGGAGAUCGUGCUGACGUACAUGGCGCCAUCCAUGUCGAUCUUCGGCGACUUCACCAAGGACGCCAACAUCAUGUACAACAACUUCCGCGUGUACGGCACGGUGCUGCUCAUGGUCAUGGGCACCAUCGUGUUCGUGGGCGUCAAGUUCGUCAACAAGUUCGCGGCCGUGGCGCUGGCGUGCGUCAUCUUCUCCAUCAUCGCGGUGUACGCCGGCAUCUUCGUCAACUGGAACGGCAACGACAACCUGUUCAUGUGCGUGCUGGGCAAGCGGCUGCUGAAGGACGUGUCCCUGGCCAACUGCACCAAGGCCGAGAACGGGCAGCUGUACAACACCUUCUGCAAGAACAAGUUGUGCGACCCGUACUUCAUCACCAACAACGUGACGAAGGUCCGGGGCAUCAAGGGCAUCGCCAGCGGAGUCUUCUUCGACAACAUCGCCGACAGCUUCCUGAUGGACGGCCAGUACAUCGCCAGGGGCAAGGACCCCAAGGACAUUGAGCGACUGGACUCGCCCCCGUUCAACCAGGUGUACGCGGACAUCACCACGGCCUUCACCAUCCUCAUCGGCAUCUUCUUCCCCUCGGUCACUGGUAUCAUGGCGGGCUCGAACCGGUCGGGCGACUUGCGCGACGCGCAGAAGAGCAUCCCCGUCGGCACGAUCGCGGCCAUCCUGACGACCUCCACGGUGUACCUGUCCACCGUGCUGCUCUUCGCCGCCACCGUGGACAACCUGCUGCUGCGCGACAAGUUCGGCCAGAGCAUCGGCGGCAAGCUGGUGGUGGCCAACAUCGCCUGGCCCAACCAGUGGGUCAUCCUGAUCGGCUCCUUCCUGUCGACGCUCGGCGCCGGCCUCCAGUCCCUGACCGGCGCGCCCCGUCUGCUGCAGGCCAUCGCCAAGGACGGCAUCAUCCCCUUCCUGGCGCCCUUCGCCGUCUCCUCGUCGCGCGGCGAGCCCACGCGCGCCCUGCUCCUCACCGUCGUCAUCUGCCAGUGCGGCAUCCUGCUCGGCAACGUCGAUUACCUGGCGCCGCUGCUGUCCAUGUUCUUCCUCAUGUGCUACGGCUUCGUGAACCUGGCCUGCGCCGUGCAGACCCUGCUGCGCACGCCCAACUGGCGGCCCCGCUUCAAGUACUACCACUGGUCCAUGUCGCUGUGCGGCCUGGGCCUCUGCAUCGCCGUCAUGUUCAUGACCAGCUGGUACUACGCGCUGCUGGCCAUGUUCAUCGCCGGCGUCAUCUACAAGUACAUCGAGUACCGCGGCGCCGAGAAGGAAUGGGGUGACGGUAUCCGCGGUCUGGCGCUGAGCGCGGCGCGGUUCUCGCUGCUGCGCUUGGAGGAGGGCCCCCCGCACACCAAGAACUGGCGCCCGCAGAUCCUCAUCCUCACCAAGAUGACCCAGGACCUGGUGCCCAAGUACCGCAAGCAGCUGGCCUUCGCGGCGCAGCUCAAGGCCGGCAAGGGUCUGACGGUGUGCGUGUCCGUGCUGCGCGGCGGCUACACGUCCAACUGCGGCGAGGCGCUGGCGGCCAAGCAGAGCCUGCAGAAGACCAUGGGGGAGGAGCGCGUCAAGGGCUUCGUGGACGUGCUCGUCUCCAAGGACAUCAGCGAGGGCCUCAGCCACCUGGUGCAGACGACGGGGCUGGGCGGCAUGAAGCCCAACACCGUCAUCCUGGGCUGGCCCUACUCCUGGCGGCACUCCGAGGACGACAGCUCCUGGCAGCUGUUCCUCAAGACGGUGCGCACCGUGUCCGCCGCCAGGAUGGCGCUGCUCGUCCCCAAGGGCAUCAACUUCUUCCCCGACUCGACGGAAAAGGUGGUCGGCAACAUCGACGUGUGGUGGAUCGUCCACGACGGCGGGCUGCUCAUGCUGCUGCCGUUCCUGCUCAAGCAACACCGCACCUGGAAGAACUGCAAGAUGCGCAUCUUCACCGUGGCCCAGCUCGAGGACAACUCGAUCCAGAUGAAGAAGGACCUCAAGACGUUCCUGUACCACCUGCGGAUAGACGCCGAGGUCGAGGUGGUUGAGAUGACGGAUAGCGACAUCUCCGAGUACACGUACGAGCGGACCCUCAUGAUGGAGCAGCGGAACGCGAUGCUGAGGGAGCUGCAGCUCAACAAGAAGGAGAGCCUCGGCGUGGUCCAUACUCUUGUAGACUUCAACGAAGAUCCGUCCGAGGAAAAUCAGCCACUGGUCCAGACCAUAGUGGACUUGCACCGAAACAACGUGGACGCCAAGACCUCCACCAAGGUGCGCUUCCAGGAGCCGCACGACGAGGACGGGCCUGCCAACAAGGAGGACGGCGGCCACGCGGCGGACGACUCGAGAGGAGACAAGCCCAGCAAGGGCGACGGCUCCGGAGCGCCCAAACGCGCACCCCUCUCGCUGGACCAAGGGAACGUCCGGCGGAUGCACACUGCCGUCAAGCUCAACGAGGUCAUCGUCAACAAGUCGCACGACGCCCAGCUCGUUAUAAUAAACCUGCCCGGGCCUCCGAGAGAGACUUCCAUCGACAAAGAGGCUAACUAUAUGGAAUUCCUGGAAGUCUUGACAGAAGGGCUGGAGAAAGUCCUGAUGGUGCGAGGAGGAGGUCGGGAAGUCAUCACCAUCUACUCAUGAGUCGCUUGGUGUUGCCUGCUGCCGACGCCCCAAGUGAUUCGUGCCGUGGUGAUGCUCGCGGCUUUCGAAGAACUUGUACAGUUUGUGAUUUUAAAUACUCUCACAAUAAGCCAAAGAGAAUGCAGAAUCCUAGACCAUGUGUGUACUGCAAAGGUGAGGAGUGGUUAUGCAGUAUGGGUGGGCAGGAACCGCUGUGCUGCGCUGUGCGCUGCGGUGCCAGUCUGCUGUCAAUUGAUAUCUAUGUUAGAACUGAUUCCUAUGUAGCUGUCUUCAUUUAAUUUGGUCACAACUUUUCUGGAUGCGUUACGGACGUAGCUCUCUGUUGUGUUGAACACAAUUUGCCAAGGCCUAACAUAACUGGGCAAGAGGCCCAGCAAUCAAAUAUGAUGCGCCACUGUUGUCACUAGUAUUAGUAUACAUCAAAAAGCAUGCUGUGAAAAUGUGACUAAUGGGAUUAACCCAUUACUGAUUUAUUUUUAUCACAUCUGAUUCAUCUAGAUAAAUUAUAGGAUAUUUUCCUUCCUCUUGUGUGACUGUUGUCAUUCAUUUCCUUGAGAAUUAAGAAAUAAGCUCACUUUUCUACUUCGUUUACCGUUAAUCUCGAUUUUAGAGUAGUGUUCAUUAGGUUUAGUGGAUGUUUAUGAGCAUUCACUUAGCUAUAUCUUUAAUUAGUCAGAUUUUUACUGUACAGCACUCAUUGCUGACCUACAGCAUUCUUCACUAGAACUCUCUUUAAAUUCAUUAAGGAUAUCAACUUUCUAAAAUCAAAAUUUAAGGUGUUGCAAGCAACUCCUUUGUAUUCUAUUCUUAAGCAAGUAUGGGUCGGAUCUACUUCAAAAGCUCUGUGUGAGCUUCAAUUAUUAAUUUUGACUUUUUUUAUUUUUAUUUUUUUUAGAUUUUUGGACAUUUCCUAGUCCCCCUUCUACCAUGAAAUAAAACUAAGAAAUAUGUGACAAGAUAUUAAUAUAACUGUAAAGUUUUGUAGCUGUAGGAAAAUCUUUAUAAAUACUACGCAUGUAGAUAAUGCUCAUGCUUCUUCGCAGCUGUGUGAUCUUAGUGAAAGUAAAAUGUUAUUGAACAUCAAAGUCACCCAUCAAGCCUUAUAAAUAUGUGGUACAUCAAUUUCAACUAUGGUGUGUCAGAUUUGUAGAAUUUGCUUCUCCUUUGAUCUUACUUUAAUCACAUACUGAAGUAGAAAGAUUUAAUAUUGUGAUUGUGAGAAGUCCACAAAGAUUUUUAAUUUUCCAUUUUUACUUGUAGAAACCAUGCGCAAACAAGAACCAGGAAAAAAAAACCACAGUGACAGCAGUAAGCCAUCUGCAACAUCCUUUUCUUACAAACUAUUACUCAUUCCAGCAAUAGUUUCAUAUAUGUGGCGUAUGUUUAUUUUAGUUAAUUUAGAACAUGAGAUUUUAAAUACCAUAAUUGUUAUAUAUAUAUAAAUAGUAUUGCUUAGGUUUGUACCAUGUGGAUAUGAUUGUGUGCAUGUAAAUAUGCAGCAGGAUAUGAAUCAGUUGAAACAGUAUAAAGAUUCAUAUACUACUGCAUUAUGAAAGAUAGAGAAAAUGUGUGAGAGUGAGCAUGUGUACAUAUUGUACCAAAUACUUUUAAUGAAUGUAAUUAAUGGAGCACUUGUACUGUUCUCUAUAAGAAGUAGGAAAACUAUUCAAAUGGUGGAAUGUUCUAAAUUCCACCAAAAAAGCACUGCAAGAAAGCAAAUAAAGCAAGGUCAUCGCUGUUCAUAAAAAUCAAACUAUUGAAUAAUUUAAGGUCUCAUAUUAUAUGAGAGAAAACCAAACUGCUUUUGUUUCAGAUUGAUGUCAGUAGGUUUUCAUUCUGAAAGAAAAACAGAGACUAUUACCCAUGCUAGCAGAUCUCCUGCCAUUCUGCCAGCCCCAGCCCAUAAUUACCUCAUAAUGCCUAUGAAAUGAUACUGAUUCAAAUUGUGUUACUUAAAACCAUUGUAUUUAGAAAAAUCAUUUCCUUAGUCUUGCUUGUUUCUGACUGUAAAAGUAACUUACCUUGUGCAUAAACUGUGGCACAAGAAAUUUCUAGGAAGAAACAAUUUUUGAAACGUUGAAGAGUUCAUGUGAACCUUUUGUUUCUUGUUGGCAAGGAAAGCCAUAUUGAGCUAGAGCAGGCAAUUGUAUGUGAUGCUGCCAAGAGGAGCUUACCUAUGGAAUGAGCAUGUUUUGAAACCAAGUGUUGCAGAAGAUUGCAGCAUAUAUUGAAAGAGUCAAAAUGCAUUGCUCCCAGUUGCCUCGAACUGACAACUGUGGCUCAUAUGAAGUUUUAAUGGAUAUGACCAAAAUACUAAAGAGGAUGCACGUUAAAGUUCCUUUGAUUUUUACCAUACUGUACAUAAGAAAAGUCCUAAUGCAAGUGAUUUGGGCAUAGCAAGAGAAACAAAAAAGUCAUUUGAAAAAGAAAGAAGAGCAAGUUGAUAUUUUGACUUGUUCAAUGCAGUCUCCUUAGCAUCUCUGUUCGAAAGUCUUUUGAUUGCAAUCCUGGCUUACGGCAGCAAUGAUAAAGAGAGAUCAGUGAAAUAGAGGUAUAAGUUGAAUAGAGAUUUUCCUCAAUUUACAUUCUUUUCACAUUUCUUGUGAAUAACUUCUUAGUGAUGAAAUGUUGCUCAGUCUUUGUUGAAUUUUUUUUUCUCUCUAUGUUUUGUUGUAAGGGUGAGUGACAGCAUUUAGAUUCAAAAAGAAACCAGGCAGAUGAACAAAUACCAAUUCAGUAUUUUGUUGGAAUACAAUUAGGGUUUUCAGUACUCCUUUGUACCUCCUAUCAAUGAGAGAUACUUCUUUGAAACAUGGUUUCUUUCAACAAUAAUUUACCAACAGUUAAACAGCCAAAUGGUCACCUGGCUACACUAAAGUUGUCUACACACCCUUGUUAAAGAAUGUAAUAGUAUAUUUUUCAUGGAUUUGUAUUAAUAUCAGUGUAUUUUCUAUGUUCAAGGAAAGCUCUUAUAGUUGUUAGCAUUGAAAGCAACAUGAAAUUUAUUUAUGAAUCGUGAAAGUUAUUUUUAAUUCAAUUUGUUUGUUUGAUGUUAAAAUUCUGCUUCAUUGAGUCUAUUUUUGUGCUCUCAACAUACCCUCAUUAUUGUUCAGAGGUUUGAGAAAGGAAAGAAGGUUUCACAAAGCAUCAAUACCAUACACCACCAAAAUAAAUAAUGGAAGGUCUUUUAAUGGUGUUAUGUGAGGUAAUUGAUUAUGAGGCUUCAUUAUAUGGAUCAGCAGAUAAAUACUGAACUUGAAACUUAAAACAUAGCAAUAGAAAUGUCUAGAAAGAGGAACGCUGUUUCAUUUCAAGUCUUUUCUGUGAUAAUUUUCAUUUUGUAGAAGCUCUCUGAUCAAACCUUAUAGUUAUCAAUCCCAACACUUUUAUCAUGACUGCAUCAUGACAAAGACUGAUUGGAGUCUGAAAUUGGAUUUGCUGUCCCAAUACUGUCAGUGAGAAAUGUGAAUGUAAAAUUCUACUUAUGCUUAUAUGAUCUGUAUUGAGACACAACUGCAAUGAUACUGAUCAAUGAGAAUUUAUAAUUGGACCUGAAGAUUCUUGUGUUGUGGUACAUAAAUUCCUUACUCAAAUUUCAAAAGGCACAGAUGGUGAGCUUUUAAGCACCUACCGUUAUCCAAUUUUCAAACUUGUGGAGGGACUUCUUAAAAUUGAGAUAUGUAUAACAUGUGCGGAGCUGGGAUCUGUACUAUGGUGUUACUAACUUUAUUUAUACAUGUGAAAAUAUCUCACGGCUUUUAAAAUCCCUGCAGCUCUAGCAAUGCAGGCUGGAAAUAAAAAUAAAAUUGUAAGUGUUUACAAUUUUCUAAUUUUUAGAAGGUUAAGGUGCAAGCUAAUACAUAAAGCAAGGCUGCCUUGUGCCUUUAAAGCCCACAUGUUCAUAGAUGUAUGAACAUGAACAGUAUGCAAAUGCAAAGAACCCUAUGCAAAAGCUAUUAACAUUGCUGUAGAACGGGAGCAAGAAAGGAGAUGUGUUUGGCCCACCACAAUGUUGUAAACAAAUAAUGCCCUGGAGCAGCCCAAAGAAUGUUCUAUUCUUGAUUGUAACAUUGCGUAUCCUUCUUUAACACUUGAGCUCAAAAAGUAUGUACUCUACCAAGCGUUCCUUUCAAUCUGUGAGUAUUGCUCUUAAAAUAUUUACAAACGCAAUCAAAGGAAACUUAAAAAGGUCAUUGUACUGGCAAAGUUCCAAAUUUUUUGACUUGCACUGAAAAUCAACAGUUCCUCAUCACCAACUCGCUAAUUGGAGCCACCAAAGACAAGACAACCUCCUUAAGAGAUAUUUACCGUCUCAUUGCACAUUCUUUAGUGAUACUGUGUGGCACAUGAUGCCUCCAUCGUUUGACAAAGGCAAAUUUCAGCAAAACUCUUGACAACUUGUUAAAUUUUAACAUUUGCAAGGCUACUAUGCGGUUACUUUUACCGGGAGAGAUUGGUUACAGUCCUAAUGAGGUUGUCUUGUACAUAAAUUUCAAUAUUUUAUUAACCCGACUAAUUUUUGUAUGCAACUAUACUGGAUGAAUUGUUCAUGCUCCAAUUUUUGAAGAAUUCACUAGAAGAUGAAACAUUAAAAUCUUUCUUUUUUGAAAAAUAUAACAUUGAUUCCUCAACAAUGCGUCCAGCUGAUCAGUUAACUAACUUAAAUCUAUUCUGUAGUAUUUCCGUGAGCACUUAACUAGUGUCUGUUUGAUUAACUUGCACUAGGUUCUGAGCAUGACAAAAAUUAGGGAUGUAGCUAUAGAAUUACUUUGGUUAAAGAGGCAAUAUCUUGGCUAUUGACAAACCACUCACAUGAGAUAGGAAAGAAAUUUGACAAGUGGAAAGCACUGUUUUAAAGUAAUGUUGUAGUCUUGUCAUCAGAUCCAGUUGUAUUUAGAAUUGUACAGUAAUCAAAAUGCAGUGUUACUGAAAGACAACUCUCCAGUCCUUCCUGAAACAGAUAGUAUUAUGACUGUUUCGUUUGCAUGAUAGAGGACAAUCAAAAAGACAUAUUGCCUCAUUCUAAUGGACGAAAAUUUUAAUAUUUCAUUUUCUUUUCUUGAUUCAUAUUUCAUGACUUGUUUGUAAAUCUCCUUCUUUCGUAACUGAGAUAAAGUGACAAGUGUAUGUUAAUUCACUUUAGAUAUGUGAUUUAACUGCAAUGUGUUUAUUGCACUUGGGAAUCUUUAGCCAGGUGGUGGCCAGAGUGUGUAUGUGAGAAUAUAUGAUAGUGUGCCUAUUUUCUGUUUGGUGUAAAUGCCAUGUUCAAGAAUUGUGCCUCUCAUUGUCGUAGCUCACAUUGUGUGCCAGUGUAAAAAAAAUUAUCUGUUUUAAUCUCAUCUUCAGAAAUGUUUGUCAUUACCAGUUUUCAAGAACUUAACAUGCUAUGUAGAAAGAAAGUUGGGAAGUACCAUUGAUUGAAAUCGUAUAUUAAAUUUUAGAACUUUUAUCUGUGUUACAUCUCUAUCUCUACAACAUGAAUAUUACUAUAAUUAUUAAAACCCUGAUGACAAGUAA